GCUUUAAAUGUAGGUGUAGUAGGUGCAGUAGGUGUAUUCCAUCGUGCUUUACUGUACGACUUACUGUUCUUGGCACAGUUUCUGACCAUCUCCUAGUACGAACAGAGCUGGACCUCGAAGUGAUUCCCGCGGAAACUCAUUUUAAACUGUUUUCUUCUCUUUUUUUUUUUUUUUUCUAAUAAAUUACUUCUAUUUCCCGUAAAAAAAAAAAUUAAUGAAUAGUUUAUCAGUGAAUUAAAAUUAAAAAAAAAGUUUUAUUAACCAACAAGUGUUCUACAGUUUUUCACAAUGGAAAAAAUUCAAGUGAACACCUGCUGUGGAUGUUUUUCAUUAAAAACCGGCACGAUAUUUACCGGAAUAUGUGGAAUAAUACUAUCAAUAAUAACAUUAAUCCUGAUAUUUACCCUCAACAUCGAGCUGAAGAUGAUAGUGCUCGACAUACUCGACAAAUCGAUCAUUAGGAUCAUCUUUGCGAUAAAUCUCUGCAUGACGAUAUUAAUCUCGACAUUAUUGAUUGUUGGGGCGCUCCAAAAAAACACGUUCAUGAUGCUGCCCUGGGUCGUAUUAGGAUUAAUGUUAGCCAUUGGAGCACUUGUAAGUGUUUUAUGCACGUCAAUAGCUUCUAUGGCUAAUCACAAAGUUCUUAACGGCGUUCUGUGCCUGAUAUUCGGCCUGAUAUUUAUUGCGAUUUAUACUUACUUGUGGGUGGUAGUGUAUUGCUUCUUCCAACAAUUGAGAAUCGAGAAGAACAAUGUGAAAGUCGGGCCUUACGGACGACCUUACAAUUAUCGACGGCCAUAAGAAGAAACAAACGCCGUUUGAAUAACGGAGAAUAUUAACCAAAGCCUUGCCUUAAGUGUUCCUUACUAAUUUAUUACCGAUAAAUUAUUAUAUUUAUGAUAAAAGUAAGGAACAUUUUAUC